UGUCUGCUUUCCACUUCAACAUACCUGCACAAUUUUAGUCAUCAAUCUUAGACUACAAAACGAAAAUAAAAAGAAAUGGCUCGUGCUCCAAAAGAACUUUUCACCAAAUUUCAAGAUCAUUUGAAUAAUGAACAGGAAGUCCGUGAUGAAAUUCGAUCAAUUAUAAAAGAAAUUGAUUUGGUCGUACGUGAUUCUAUAUUAUCACUGCAAGUGAUCCAUACCAGUUUAACAGAAGUUUCUUCGGGUUGUUUGAAGGCACGUGAACAAUUUGAAAUUUGUAACAAAUUGUAUGCAAAAUUGGCAAAAAUGGUGCCAGUUGGCCAGUAUUAUCGUUACAAUGAUCACUGGUCAUACCUUACUCAACGUAUCGUUUUCCUGAUUGCUUUGACUGUUUUUCUCGAAGUUGGAACUUUGGUUGAACGUGACACGGUUGCUGAGAUACUUGGCUUGAAGACCAAUCAAAACGAUGGUUUUCAUCUAGACAUUGAAGACUACUUGCAAGGUGUGUUACAAUUGGCAUCAGAACUGAGUCGAUUUGCCACCAAUGCUGUCACAUUGGGCGAUUACGAGCGACCCAUACAAAUUUCUCGUUUUGUUGCUGAUCUCAGCGCUGGAUUUCGUCUAUUGAAUUUGAAAAAUGAUGGUCUCCGUAAACGUUUUGAUGGAUUGAAAUAUGAUGUUAAGAAGAUUGAAGAAAUCGUUUACGAUAUAAGCAUUCGGCGCCUACGGCCGACAGAAGCCGAUUCGGCACCUGUUGGUCAAGUUGCAGAAUAGGAAGACAUUCUCCACUGAAAAGAACACAUUACUUUUAAGAAAAGUAAGCUUAAGAAAUUAAAAAAACUGUUUCAUUAAUCAAACAUUCUUUAUGUAAACAUUUAUAUUUAUAUGUAAUUUCCAAAAAAUCAUAAAUAUAUUUUCAUACAUAUGAAUACAAUUUUUGGUAGAAAUAA